GCCGGCAGAAAAGGGGUGGUGUGGCAUCUUCUGGAGCUCAAACAGUGCUGAUUUUUGUCUACGCUCGCUUUUCCUCGUCGAGAUAGCUACUAUUGACGGCGCUUCACUUCUUUUCGGACCAGCGCGAGUCGUUGGGUUUUCAUAAUUGAUUGAGUUUGUCCGUUUCGUUUUUGUCGCUAUCGUUCCAUCACAGUCAAGACCAGCACGAUCCCCUGCCCAAGCUUGCUCGUUGCUGCUUCUCAUCCGACAUCACCACCAUCACCACACCCAGCCAGGUAGCUACCUUGGGAAGAGGACGAGAAGAGAAAAACAACUAUAAGAGAAAACGCGAGAACAUACCAUACUCCUUCCACCGCCACGAUGGAUGCAUACAGCCGCCCGCCGCAGCGCCACUCCUGGUUCGCGCCGCUCUCGAUCGACCUGAUACUCAAGGUGCUCUAUGUCACCUUCUUCCACCCCUUCGUGGCCUGGAUGGUGCCCCUCUGCUUCCGGGCCGAGCACAUGGACUACAGUGCCCCGCCGAUGAGGGUCUCGAUGGCCUACGCCAGCUUCGUCACCCUGUGUUGGUUCCUCAGCGCCGUCAACAAGCGCAUCGCCUUUGGCAUGCCGCGCGACGUCGACCUGUCGGACGAGGUCAUUGUCAUCACUGGCGGGUCCAGCGGUCUCGGCCUACUGAUCGCCCAGGUCUACGGCAUGCGCGGCGCCAACGUGGCCGUGCUGGACAUCAAGGAGAUGGAGAACGGCGAGGCGCGCGGCGUGACCUUUUACCAGUGUGACGUUACCGACAAGGCCGCCGUCGCCCGCGUAGCCGGAGAAAUCGAGCGAGAUCUCGGCUCCCCCACGGUCCUGAUCAACAACGCGGCCAUCGUCACCGGCAAGUCUCUGCUCGACAUGGAGAUGGAGGAGGUUGAGCGCAGCAUGUCGACGAACCUGCUGUCGCACUUCUACACGCUCAAGACCUUCCUGCCCGCCAUCAUCCGGGGUGGCAAGGGCGGCACGAUUGUGACGGUUUCGAGCGUCAUUGGCCAGCUGGGAUCGGCGCGGCUGACCGACUACGCGGCGGCCAAGGGAGGGCUGAUCGCGCUGCACAAGUCUCUGACUGCGGAGCUGCGCCUCGCGCACCCCGAGAUCCGCACCGUGCUGGUGACCCCCGGGCAGCUCAGCACGCCUCUCUUCUACGGCGUGCAGACGCCCAACGCCUUCGUCGCGCCCGUGGUGGAGCCCGUCGAGGUGGCCAAGGAGAUCAUUGCGGCCAUCGAUAGCGGCAAGGCCGAGCAUAUUGGCACGCCCUUUUACGCCCGGUGGUGCGACUGGUACAAUGUGCUCCCCGUCGGCGUGCAGCUGCUUGCCCGCCGCAUCACGGGCAUUGACCGUGCCAUGGAGACGUUUGUUGGCCGCGCGGGAUCCCAGCCUGGCACCGAGAAGAAGUGAGCGGAUGGGGCUGUGUUAAUAUGCCGUAGCACAAGGCGUGACCGGGAGGCAGAGACAAAGGGGCAGUCUGGCACCCUUGGGGCCAUAUGAUAUGUACAACAAUUCAACGUAACCCGACCAUGACAGCUAGUUAGCAUGUAUGCGCCGCACACUGCUUGGAUGACUGCAGCCUUGUCGGGAUGUGGGAAAUUAAUUAACCUAGGUUCUCCGAGGAAGAAGGGUAGCAUGAAGAGAGCAUGGGCAGGGGGUGG